AUAGACAGAGCCAGUCAAGUCCUAACGCAAGGCGUACCUCUUGGCGUGCCUAGGUCAUACCGUGCUCUUGCAGAUCAUGGCAACAAAGCGCGAGGCCAACAGUACCUCGAACCAUAUGAAGAAGAUGUUGUAGUUAAGUAUUUGCUACAAAUGUCCGACCUUGACCAACCAAUACGAAUAAAAUUUAUCCCCUUUAUAGCCUUUAGAGUCACCUACCAUCGACCUAUCACCGAC